GGCAGAGUGCCUGGCAGUAGCUUGAUGCCCGAGGGGCCUGCCCCAUCCCGAGUGCCCACUGUGACAUGGGCGGCCAGCCUCCUGCCCUACGCAUGGCUCUGUAGAAGCGUGGUGACCCCUUUCUCCCCUUCCUCUUCUAGCAACAUGGCUGACAGCAAGGCCAAGGCCGCCAAGGCCGCCAACAAGACACCCCCCAAGUCCCCAGGGGACUCCGCAAAGGACAGAGCGGCCAAGAGGCUGUCACUGGAGACGGAAGGUGCCGGCGAAGGGGCGGCCGCUGCGGCCCCAGAGCUCAGCGCCCUGGAGGAAGCUUUCCGGCGCUUUGCCGUGCACGGGGACACCAGGGCCACCGGGCGGGAGAUGCAUGGCAAGAACUGGUCGAAGCUGUGCAAGGAUUGCCAGGUCAUCGAUGGCAAGAAUGUGACCGUCACUGACGUGGACAUCGUCUUCAGCAAAAUCAAGUAAGUGCCCCCCGGGCCUCGCACUCAGGACUCCCGGUGGGCGUGGUGUUCAGCUGG